AUGGUUUCCUCCAACAGAGGAGACGUGGAGCGCAAAGCCAUGGUGUCGGAUACGGACAACACUUCUCCCCACCCAUCAGAGAUGCUGCCAGAGGAGCGGACAAACUUGGACCGGAAGCUGCUGCUCAAGCUUGACUUUCUCCUGGUGCCGAUGAUGGGAAUGCUUUAUUUGCUUUCUUUCCUCGACAGAGCUAAUAUCGGGAAUGCCCGUGUGGCUGGGCUGCAAAAAGAUCUAGGUAUCAGCGACUUGCAUUAUCAAACAGCUAUCACGGUGACAUACGUUCCUUACAUAGUCACUGAGCUGCCAUCAAACCUUCUCAUCAAAAAGAUCGGACCCCGCAUCCUUCUUCCAGCCCUCUGUGUAUGCUGGGGCAUUGUCACCACUCUCCAGUCGCAAGUAAAUAACUACUCAGGCCUUAUCGCCGCUCGUUUUUUCCUCGGGAUGCUCGAGGGCGGCCUAUUCCCCGGUAUCGUCCUCUACCUAUCCUCUUUCUACCGCCGCCAUGAACUCCAAAUGCGCGUCGGCCUCUUCUUCUCUGCUGCAGCGCUUAGCGGCGCCUUCUCCGGCCUCCUCGCAGCAGCCAUCCAAAAUAUGGAAGGUCUGCGCGGCCUCCGCGGCUGGCAAUGGAUUUUCCUCCUCGAGGGCCUUUUCACGGUGCUCUUCGGCAUAUUCUCCUUCUUAAUGCUCCCCAACGACCCCAGCCAAGUGUUCCUCUUCAGCCCCGAGGAGGUCGAGCAGUGUACGCGCCGCCUAGCCCAAGACACCAACCUCCCAGACAAUGAGACCGUAACCCUCAACCGUGUCCUCUCAACCUUCAAGGACCCACACAUCCUUAACUUGUGCGCCGUCCUUUUCUGCAGCGGUAUUAACCUCUACGGCCUCUCCUACUUCACGCCCUCCAUCGUCCAAGCGCUCGGGUACAGCCCCACCAAAACCCAGCUUCUAACCGUCCCCCCAUUCGCCUGCGCUUUUGUCGCAACCAUGAUCGCCGCCUAUUUUGCAGACAGGUACAAGCAGCGCGGCAUCGCAUCGAUCUGCACCAGCACCAUCGCACUCGUCGGCGCGGAGCUGGGUCUCAAGGGCCGCUCGAUCGCCAGCAGGUACGCCUCGAUCUUCCUCCUCGUCACGGGAAUCUAUGCCACGGCACCUAGCUUCAUAAGCUGGAUGACGAACAACACGUCCGGCCAUGUUCGUCGAGCAAACGGCCAUUGCGAUGGCCUUCGUCAGUACCAAUUCGGGGGGAAUUGUCAGCACCCUGGAUCUACCCGCGCAAGGAUGCGCCGUAUUACGAGUUUGCGGCCAAGUUUAAUUUAG